AUAAAUACAAAAUACGAGUAAAUAACACAGAAAAAGAAGUUCAAAAAAACACACACACACAAAAAAAACAUCAACAAAAGGAGCAAAGGGAGUGACUGGCUCCCUGGUGGCAAAGGAGUGUUGCGGAAUUACUCAAGAAAAACGCACUAAUGCAGCGAGCACGCGGUCAGUAGCACGGUCAGGCGGAGCGCUAAUACACAACUACAUUUCCUGAGCUGAGAAGUGGAGUCGAAGAGAGAUGUGUUACAUCAUCAUCACCGGUGGCAGUCUAGUCUGGUUCGUGUUGAGCCUGAUAGCCGAUAUGUUAAUCGCCUCUGCGAUAGUCACACCCAAAUGGCUGAUUGGGCCCAAUCCAACACUGGUCAGUGUCGGCUCCAGCGCAUCUAUACAAACAAACGCGCCCGAGGUCCAAAACGAUACACACUUGGUGGCGCUGGUGCCAACGGUGCGCUACCCCUCCGUGGGCAUUUAUACGCGUUGCAAGGUGAUGCAUAGCUAUGGCUAUCAUUGUGGGCCCUUCGACUUGGAUGGCUUUGCGACGGACAACAGCGUCUAUCCGGUUGCGUGGAAGUUCACGAUGUUCUUUAUGUCGCUGGGCUUUGCGGUGCACUCGAUAACGGUGGCGUUGACGCUCAUCACUUGUUGCCGGCAAUCGGCAUUUGGCAAGAGCAUACACAAUAUGACGGGCUGCGCGCAAGUUGUGUCAGCGAUCAGUAUUAUGUUGGCGCUUUUUCUACACCCGCUUGCCUGGGGUGUGCCUAGAGUGCAGUUGUUGUGCGGUGCUGACGCCGAGCCAUUCUAUCCCGCCAGCUGUUCCAUUGGCAUUUCCUUCUAUUGUGCCGUGGUGGCAGCGAUACUCUGCUUCAUUUGCGCCGGCAUCAGUCUGAAGGCAGAAUCGUCAAAUAUGCGCUCGCGUGUAAAACGCCGCGUUGAGGAGGGCAAUCGAUUGGUGUGCAUUCCAUGAUUAUUAGCGAUUUCUUGUAGAAUUAAAAAAAAAAUCCUCUAUAAGUCGCAUCAAAUGCUGUAUUUCGAUUUUUUAUAUUAUAUUACUGUGUUGUAAAUUGUUUCAUGUAUG